UAAAUCUUGACCAUCAUUCGUGUAAUAGGCAUUCAAUGGAUGACAAUGUUGAUAAACGUCAGACUCGUCAUAAUGGAUGUGCGGAAAGUUGUUCGAUGCGAAGCCCAAAAAAUGUAUCCAUCAAUUCAACAUCAAGGUAUUUCGGAAAUAAUCAAUAUAUGUAUAAAAUCAGAGACUCAGUACCGGAUAACUUGAUGUCGGUAGUUAAUAAUUGCGAAGAAAAAAAGGCCAAUGAUGUUAGAAGAGUGGCUAGUAGUGACAGUAUCCCGAAAGGUAGUUAUAAUGGAUUAACUUUGAGUCCGGGAUGUAGGGUUUUAAGUCAGGAUUGCGUAAGAAGAUCGAAAAGCCCUGAUAUUAGAAACACGGUUGUCCCUCUUCGUUACAUUCAAUCGGCAAAAGGGACUUGGACAUACAAUUUGUAAAUUAAAGCUACAUUAAUAUUCUAUCGAAACAGAAAGAUUCUUGAUGAAAUACGUUUCGAGAGAUUCCUAAAUAUUAUUAAGAUAAUCAUUAUAUAAGUUAAAAGAAAUGAUAUAGUUUCGUCCAUUCUUUGGACAAAGAACAUACACAUACAUAUAUGUAGAUAAGAAAUUAUAGACCCUGAAUGGUUAUAUUCUACCAGUGUCACGAAUUUAUUCGAACUUCAUCUUAAAACGGAUGUAUUUCCACUUUCAAAGUUUCUUUCGCUCAGCAAUUUUAAGGAAAUUAAUUUUCCUUGGAUUUCUUUGCGAAUACGCUGUGAUAUUGACCCAUUAUUCGAUGUUAAAUUCAGCAUUUAAUCAUUUUUCGAGAUAAUUAUUUCGAGUUGUAUAGUUAGAAUUGGUUUCUCUAUUAUAUUCGUAACUAAAAUUGAGUUACUAUUGAAAUAAAUUCAUAAUUUAAUAUUUUAUAGUAUCUUCUGUUUCGAUUGCUUCUUACAAUUGUUUUUCUGUACCAAAGGAAAAAACAUUCAAACAAGUCCCUUUAUAUACGAUAAUACAUUAGAUACAGUACGUGAGCAUCUUCAAAAUGGCAGCAGGUUUAUAUAUUUUAGAUAAAUGAUAUAAAAAUCAAAGGUAAUGAAUUUUACAUAGUUUAAAAUGAUAUUAAUUUCCUUUUUUUCAGUUCUGGCACACAUAAUGAAUUCGAUUUAAAAUGCUUUUUAUAAUUGUUUUGUGAAUGAUUGAUUAUCUGUUUUCAAAAAUUGUCUAUAAAUUACAAUGUAAGGUAUUUAAUUAAUACUUUGUACAUAAAGCAUACAAUCAAAGGCAAGUUUAAUAUUUUUUAUUCGUGAUGAAUCAAGUAUUUUUUUAAAUUGUAGAUAACUUUUAGUUAAGUAAAAUAUUCUACUUAUGUUUGAUGCCAGCAGACACGUAACUUUUAUGAUGUGCAAUAAUUUAUAAAGUAAAAUAUUACGUAAAUGUAUGUAUGUACAUGUGUACAGGGUACUUGACAAUUUUUGGACAGUAUGUUUAAUAAUUAUUAUAAUAGAAUGUUGUUGAAUAUCAUUAAAUAUUAACUACUUUUUUUUAACAAACAGUCUUAUUUACAUUUACUUAAAAAAAGAAAACUUUUAAAUCUGUAUAAAAGUUCUAUUUAAUGCUACUUAUUAUUAUUUUUGUUGUACCUUAAAUUCUGUUAUACAUACACAUUAACGAAGUAUGAAGCUCAGUAAUACUUUCGUUAAAAUGUAUUAAGUUCUAAAUGAAAUUGUACUUAAAAUAGUAUUACAGAAUAUUUGGAGAACAAGUCUGUGCAGCAACAUGUACUAUAGAUUAAUUAUUAGACUGAUAAAAGUGUAUGGCAUAUUUUUUGGAAAGAAAUCGUCGUAUGUUACAAAUAGGUAAAUAGAGAAAAUAAUUGAAGUGACAAGGCUACUAAAUUCUUUCUACAAUAUAAACCGUUCCAUGUAACUAAGCCACUUUUGAACUUAGAUUUAAGAUAUUUUAUAAAGACGCGGAACGCAAUAUCUUUUGUUGUUAUAUAACCGUCCACUUGUAUUAUUUUAUACUGAUUAAUGUUAUUGUUAUUUAAUACUGUUACAAGAACAAAUAUUAUACUUAAUUACUUAAUAGCUGUUUAGUAUAUAAUGCAGAGAUUAAACAUUCUUUGGUUUUUCUGAUUUAAAGGAAUGUUUCCAAUUUUACAUAAAGAAAAGGCACAAUGUGUCUUUAAUUUUGGACGUAAAUUAAUAUCGUCAAAAUUUUGAAUUGAAAUUCCACUAUUGAAAAUUGUUGCUUAAAAUUCGUU